CACUCUCCUUUACUUGACUUAACUGUGUGGCUCCGGCAGUUUCUCUUCAUGCAGAGAGAUUUCUUUUUAUGUUGUUUCUCUGUGGACUGAAGCUGUAACCAUGUUUGUGUGUCUCUGCUAAGGAGCAGCCGGCUGCAGCCUAGCUGAAGAUGUCUGAUAAUGGGGAGGUCGAGGACAAGCCCCCAGCUCCGCCCAUGAGGAACACCAGCACCAUGAUUGGAUCCUGCAACAAGGACCCUGCCCCCCUCAACCACGGCUCCAAGCCCCUUCCACCAAACCCAGAGGACAAGAAGAAGAAAGACCGCUCGAUCCGAUUCAUCCUGACCGGAGGAGGCGAUAAGACCUAUAAGAAGAAGGAGCGUCCAGAAAUCUCUCUGCCAUCUGACUUUGAACACACCAUCCAUGUCGGCUUCGAUGCAGUUACUGGAGAGUUUACUGGCAUGCCAGAGCAGUGGGCCCGGCUCCUGCAGACGUCCAACAUCACCAAACUGGAACAGAAGAAGAAUCCUCAGGCUGUUCUCGAUGUUUUAAAGUUCUACGACUCAAAAGAAACGGCCAACAGCCAGAAAUACAUGAGCUUCACAGAUAAAAACACAGAUGCAUACAGCUCCUCCACCACAACGAGCUCCAAGGCCGUGUCGGAGACGCCCGCCAUAGCGACUGUGUCCGAGGAUGAGGAUGAAGACGAGGCCGAGCCACCGCCAGUGAUCGCCCCCCGACCAGAGCACACCAAAUCAAUAUACACUCGCUCAGUGAUUGAGCCCCUCCCUCCUCCUCCGACCAAAGAUGCUGCGACCUCCCCCAUCUCUCCACCAACGGCCGCUGCCGCCACCCCUGCACCCCCUGCAGAGGGCGCUCCCAGCAGCCCUCCCAGUGCGAGCCCCGCCCCCGGGCCUUCAGUGCCCCGCCCCCAGGACAAAACCAGGAAGAAGAAGAUGUCGGACGAGGAGAUCCUGGAGAAACUACGGACGAUUGUAAGUGUGGGAGACCCCAAGAAGAAAUAUACACGCUUUGAGAAGAUCGGGCAGGGAGCGUCUGGGACUGUGUACACAGCUAUAGACAUCGCUACAGGACAAGAGGUUGCCAUUAAACAGAUGAACCUGCAGCAGCAGCCAAAGAAGGAACUGAUCAUCAAUGAGAUUCUGGUGAUGAGGGAAAAUAAAAACCCAAACAUAGUCAACUACCUGGACAGUUACCUGGUGGGUGACGAGCUGUGGGUGGUGAUGGAAUACCUGGCUGGAGGUUCAUUGACUGACGUCGUCACGGAAACCUGCAUGGAUGAAGCCCAGAUAGCUGCUGUGUGCAGAGAGUGCCUGCAGGCGUUGGAGUUCCUGCACUCGAACCAGGUCAUCCAUCGAGACAUCAAGAGCGACAACAUCCUGCUGGGCAUGGACGGCUCCGUCAAACUCACUGACUUUGGCUUCUGCGCCCAGAUCACUCCGGAGCAGAGUAAACGCAGCACCAUGGUCGGGACUCCGUACUGGAUGGCUCCGGAGGUCGUGACUCGCAAAGCCUACGGCCCCAAAGUGGACAUCUGGUCCCUGGGCAUCAUGGCCAUAGAGAUGGUGGAGGGGGAGCCGCCCUACCUGAAUGAAAAUCCACUCAGGGCGCUGUAUCUCAUAGCAACCAAUGGGACACCGGAGCUGCAGAACCCAGAGAAGCUGUCGACGACAUUCAGAGACUUCCUGAACCGAUGUCUGGAGAUGGACGUCGAGAAGAGAGGCUCAGCUAAAGAGCUGCUGCAGCAUCAGUUUCUGAAGAUGGCGAAGCCUCUCUCCAGUCUGACCCCUCUCAUUGUGGCUGCCAAGGAGGCUGCCAAGAACAACCGCUAGCGAGCUUUGCACUCAUUAUUUGUCUCUGUCUCUUUCUCUCUCUGUCUACCAUCCCUUCAUCCUCUCUCUUCUUUCUCCUUUUCUUUUUUUCUGGUAGAUAGGAGGGUGGUGAUGGCUGCCGGCUUGGUUACAAACCCUCUGAAUGCCUACAGUCUUUCUCUCCCUUCUUUUUUUCUUUUGUAACCUGCACCACCUGCUCCUGCACCCUGUGACCUCGGACCCCAAGCUUGACCUCCCUAACCCCCAAACCCCCCAACCUUGACAGGGACAAGGAAGAGUAGUUCCACCCUAUAACUUCUUUUUCAACACUCCACGGGACUCGGACAGGAAGAUAAGGGGCCAACUGAAUGACAUCAGCAGUCGAUCUGUGAUCGAGUGAUGUCAUCACUGACAUCAACGCCCCCUCAGCCAGUACAAACCACCCAAAUGAGAGGGAGAGGGUGUUUCAACAGAGCCCAAAGACUCAUGGGAGUUUUUUUUUAAUGAAUGUUUGUUUAUUUUUUCUACCUUGUCUG